UCAUCAUAAUAAAAAAAAUGCAAUACUCCAGUUUGUUAACAUUCUAUAUUGCCCUUCUAUUAUUGUGACAACAUCAUCCUGUCGAAUUUAUUGCAUUGCAUUGUGAAAUUCCGAAUAGCAAAGAAAUUGCGAUUAAAUAAAUGUAACCUGGUUUUUGAAGGAACAAAUAAAGACAAGAUAUUUUUGCAGUGACUUGAACAAUUCAAGUUUAUCGUGUAAGUCACACUUUAAUUUUGACAGUAAUCAAUACUUCGUUCAAUAUUGUUGGAAAUCGAUUUUUGGAGCUUCGUCCAAAAAGCUAAACAGAAGGCAAACGUACAGUUUAAAGUGACAACGAAGGCUUUAUGAAAAUAAACGGUGAUAUAGGAGGACCUUUCACUUGGAUUGAAUGCUAAAAGCAGAAGCAAAAUUACGACAUUUCAUUGCUUUGGAAUUAAUUUGAAGAGCAAAAUUACUAAUCAUACUCGGCGUGGUAGAUUUUAGUCGUGACAUGAUUGGCCAAGUAUCCACAGCAAUGGACAGCAUAAAAAAGUUCUUUCGUUCGAUGCGAUUGACAAAGAAACCGGUGGUGCUUCCCAAGCCUGAACUUUCAUUGGAGCUGUAUGAAAUACCGCUACCUGGUCCAUCGCAGAUUUUCAAACUAACCGUCGACUGCUUUGAUGAAAUAUUCGAUUACUUAUCACUAACCGAAUUGCAUAGCUUCGCUCAAACAUGCCUAGCAAUGCAACGAAUUGCCGGAGCAUACUUCAUAGAAAAUUACAAAUCGACUAAGACGAUCUGUGACAAAUACGGCAUUCAUACGGAAUAUAGCUAUAAUGAAGAUGGAACCUUAGUUUACCCUUCCAUCAAGUCAACUGCGUUCAACCCGUAUAUAACGAUCAUCACACGAGAAUUCAAUCCAAUCAAACCGCUUCGCCUUUUUCAAUCGCACAGCCACGAAUUUACCUCUCUCAAUCAUAUUUAUCUCAAUUCCAAUGUAUUGGACACAGCCAAAAUUAAAUGUUUGGAAACAAUUCUACCUCAACUUGAAGUGAUAAAAUUACUGAACUGCUCGGUUGAGGGCGAUGUCUACGACAUGCUACUUAAAUUUUGUGUAAAUUUAAAGAAAUUUUUUGUGCAAGAUGACAAUUCGGCCCAAUAUCCGAUUGUCAAAAAACAAACCAAUUCAUGGCUUCUUCGGGAAUACCCAUUGCUCGAGAUGAUUCAACUGAUCCAACGAGAUCCGUUCAGAAUCAAUGAGUUGACUACAUUUUUGGAGAUGAAUCCAACUAUUCGGACUUUUUCUAUUAGCUCUGGUUACCUUUGGAAAAAUCGACAAGAGCUGCUCGAAUCCAAUGCAAAGUUGGAAAAAUUAGAAAUUCACGAUUAUUAUGGAAAUUUGUCGAGCCUACAAGAGCUAUGUAGUUUUCUCAAUCAGCUUCACGAACGCGGUUUCUUUAAACGGCUACACAUUUUUGACUUUUAUCUGGAUGAAGAUGAUUAUAGGCAACUUGCUUCGCUUGAAGCUUUUUCGGUCAAGUAUUUUAAUGUAGACUAUCUGUCGCAUUUAACUCAAUUGAAAGAGCUACUCAUUUGGAAGGAUGAGAAUGAUUUGGAAAUCGAGAUGGAAUUACUUGCAAAAGGUCUCGUGAAUCUCCGGACCGUUUUCAUAGACAAUGCAUUGCUCGAUGAUGUUUUGCAAUUUAUUCGACACUCGGUGAGUGUGAACAAAAUUCGCGUUGAGUUUGACAAAGGACAAGGUGCUUUGGACCUUAAAAGAUUGAAUGAUGAACGCAAGAGAUUGGUCGGUGCUUGCAAAGUGGCAAUUUAUGUAACAACAGACAUAUUUUUGUCAACAAAAUGGGCUGCGAAAAAUGGAGAUCUGAAUUUGUGGUUCGUCGAGAUUAGACGAGCCGAUUGGUACGGCUGGGAUCAUUAUUAUGAUAUGAUUUGAGGUGGAAAUGACAUAAUGUUUUUUUUUAGUUGAGUUUUCGAUUCAUUUGAUUUUUAAAGUGCCUUCAUUUAGUUAUUGAAAUUAUUUAUUUAUAUUCUUCAGAUUUGCUUGGACAUGAUACACAAUUUUUAUAUUUAACCAUACGAAAGUAAUCGUAAUGUGUAGAAAUUAUUGAUUUGUGGGCUAAACUCAUAACAUACAAUGUAAAUAAUAACACACAAUUUUUGUUGAAAUUAAACACAAAAAAUUUCCAUAUUUACUCCAAAUAUUUUCGUGUAAAAGAAGGAAUACCUUAGCUUGUUUUAUUAAUUAAAUUUUUUCGAAAAUUUCUGUCAUUCCUGAUAUUGUUAGUAAAUUUCACCAAAUGUAAGCCUUAAAAUCA